ACUGAAAAUGAUGAGAAUGGCCAAGCAGACAAUUUUUCAAUGGACCCCCAGCUGGAGAGACAGGUGGAGACGAUUCGAAAUCUUGUGGACUCCUACAUGUCUAUUAUCAACAAAUGUAUCCGAGAUUUGAUACCGAAAACAAUCAUGCAUCUUAUGAUUAAUAAUGUAAAAGAAUUUAUCAACGCAGAGCUCCUGGCUCACUUGUAUUCUUCUGAGGACCAAAACACUCUAAUGGAGGAGUCAGCUGAACAGGCACAGAGGCGAGAUGAGAUGCUCCGCAUGUACCAAGCACUAAAGGAAGCCCUAGCAAUCAUUGGAGAUAUUAGCACCAGCACGGUCUCAACCCCUGCACCCCCUCCUGUAGAUGACUCUUGGCUUCAGCAGGCUCGCAGAUCACCUCCUCCAAGUCCCUCAACUCAGAGGAGGCCUACAUUAAACAAUCCCCCAACCAGACCUUUAUCUGGCCGAGGACCCGCUCCUGCAAUCCCAUCUCCAGGUCCUCAGUCGGGGGCUCCCCCAGUCCCGUUCCGCCCAGGACCACUACCUCCAUUUCCAAGUGGUGGUGAAGCCCUUGGGGGACCUCCCCAGGUUCCCUCUCGGCCGACCCGGGCUCCUCCCAGCGUCCCAAGAGGAGCAGUCUUGGCAGCAGCUCACUCCAUGCCUCAAGGACAGCAGGACGAGCACCGCAUGGACCUGCUCGAGGGACCGGCCACCUCCGACUGGCCCCUGUCCCCUCUGCAGACACCCUUACAUGGGGGGAGGCGAGCUGAUACCGAUGGCUCCUCCCGUCCAGACAGUCCUCCACUCUUGCUUGAUCUAUGA